AUGGAAUUAAGUGCAAAGGAUAUCUCUUGUCGUGGACCAACCGAAGCUAGUCACUGGAUUAUUCCUAAAUUACUUCUAGCAAGUAGAUAUCCUGGCGCAGACGAUUCCGAUGAACAUCAACGUAUAACUCGAUUAAUAUACGAUUGUGGUAUUGAAGUAUUCGUCAAUCUCAUGACUCCGCGAGAAUUAUCUCGUUACAAACUAUAUGAACCACAAAUUCGACAAUAUGCGCUUCAUGAUAAUCGGAAAGUAGAAUUUAUAUCAUUUCCAAUUCCUGAUCAAUUUAUUUGUCGAGAUGAUCAGAAAGUGCUAGAUUUUUGUAUGGAUCUAUCAAAAAGACUACAAGAAAAUCAGCAGAAAAUUCUGAUUCAUUGUCGAGGUGGUCGUGGACGAACGGGAACGAUAAUGUCGAUUCUAAUUGGAAUAUUGUUUCAUCUCGAAGCGGAAGAUGCACUGAACUAUAAUUAUCAGUUACAACAACAACGCAUGAAAAUCAAAGGCAGAACUAGCUACUUGCAUCCACGCCAACGUGAACAAGUACGAGAAGUAUUGCAAAUGAAAGCGUUUUCUCUUUAUUCAAUAUUAACGAGAGAAUGCAAGUGCCAACGAAGAAUAACCAAACUUUUAACAAUUCCUCUACGAAGUUGUGUACUUCUUGGUAAAAUCCAAGAUCAUCAUACGGUCGGUAUUAGCAAUAAAUUAUUUUUUGCCAAUGUAACAGAAAAUCAAUGUGCUUGUCAGCUAAUGCAAUCAAAUGAAUACAUUUCGGGUUUUAACUACUAUUUAAAUAACCGAACUUGUGAAGUUUUCUUUUCAAAUCAAAGUUCACUGCUCAUUGAAUCAAAUGAGAAUGCAAACUUCAUCUUUAUCAAUCGAUCGACAAUAUCGAUAAUCAAGAGUAAUCAAAUCGUAACAUCGACAGCAUCCACCUCCUCAUCCUCAACAACAUCCUCGUCGUCCUCAACAACAACAACAACAUCCUCGUCGUCCUCAACAACAACAACAACAACAUCCUCGUCAUCCUCAACAACAACAACAACAUCCUCGUCAUCCUCAUCAACAGCAACUACUGUUGGUCUCAACAAUAACAGUAUGUUUCUCAAACAAGCCAUUUAUUCGAUUGGUACCCAAGCGUAUUCACUGGCAAUAGCUGAUUUCAAUAACGACAAUAAAUCAGAUAUAGUCGUUGUAAGGCUGGCCACAAAUGAUGUUGGUCUGCUUAUUAACAGUGGUAAUGAUGGUACCUUUUCGAUUAACUAUUCUUACGCAGUGGGUUCUUCGCCUCGCUACGUUAUUGCGUCAGACGUUAAUAAUGAUAAUAAAAUAGACGUUAUUGUUACGAAUUACAAUUCCAACAGUGUUAGCAUCCUAUUGAAUAAAGGUGAUGCGGCUUUUGCGAGUCAGACCACCAUGCCAGUGGGUGUCCAACCAUGGACAGUGACAGCAGCAGAUUUGAAUGGUGACGGAUAUGUCGAUUUGAUUGCUACGAACAGUGCUUCAAACAGCAUUAGUAUCCUUUUUAAUCUACGUGAUGGUGCCUUUCAAAAUCAAAUCACUUAUGCAGUAGGAAAGGCUCCUCGUUCUGUUAUCGCGGCAGACAUAAACGGUGAUAAUCUAACUGAUGUUAUAGUUGGAAACGAGGGUGCGGACACUAUCAGUGUUCUGAUGAAUACCGGUAGUGGAUCUUUUAGCGCUCAAAUCACCUAUGCGGUUGGUGAUCAACCCAAUUCCAUUUCAGCGACUGAUGUUAACAAUGAUAAUUCACUUGAUCUUAUCGUUGCAAAUCAGGGAUCAACUUUUGUCAGCGUACUUCUUAACAAAGGCGACGGCGUUUUCCACAGUCAAGUGACGUAUACAAUUGAUAUAGGAUCCCGUUGUAUUGUAGUUACAGAUUUGAAUUAUGACAAUAAGCCAGACAUUGUCGUCGCCACGCAAAACACAGACUCAAUCAAUGUUCUUCUUAAUACAAAUAAUGGUACGUUUGGAUACCGAACUGUCUACACAGUUGGUGAUGGGCCGCGUUCAGUCUCAGUAGCAGAUCUCAACAAUGACAAUAAGCCUGACAUGGCUGUCGCAAAUAGCAAUACGAAUAUCUGGCUAGUUGUAUACUAUAUGGAUGAAGAUCGGGAAAAUUUUAUCGUUAUUGUUACGGCUUUCGUAAUAGUCAUGUUAUUUUUACCGCAUUUAUCUAAUAAUUGUAUGUUAAUUGCUUACAUUCAAGAGUUAGUGCUUAUCAGUGAUCUUGAUUCAUGUCUGGGAAAAUUAAAAAACUGGAAAAUGAUGCGAUGGACAGUUUGCUUUAUAUUGUAUAGCGCGAUUCCGCUGAUAGGCAUGCCAAUUAUACUUAUUACGGACUUUUUCGUUGAUACCACGGAAAAAUUCGUUUUUCACUCAUUUUGGAUGUCAUAUGUUAUCUUGGUUGGCAUUGUUCCGUCUAUACUUAUGAUUCUAGUCGUUUCAUUUUCACAUCGAAACGAUUAUCGCGGACAUCAAGAGACCGGUGUCACAUUGACGGAGAUUUCAAAUGAAUUCCAUCGAAGAUUUAUCUUCACAAUGACAAUUCAAGUUUUGGCGACUGUAUCGUGUCUGCUGAUGUGGACUACUCUGUUGGCGAAAUUUGCUAUAGGUGGAGAUGAAAAUCUGAAACAUUCGGCUGUACCAGCUCUGAUUAUUACCUUUUACAUUUAUAAUAUCAAUCACAUCAAGUCUUUCUAUGUUUUCGUAUUCACCUUGAAAGAUUUUCGAGAAAAACUCAUUCAAACGUGUUCUGCAAUAUGUCGACGACGUUCACAUUCAACAACUGAAUAUUACUUUGUUGAAAACACACAAACUCGAUUAUCCGAAGAUCAAGAGACACACUUAUAA